AUGGCGUCCUUUCCAAGAGACCUCUGCCGCUGCGGAACGAGGCCAUUCGACACUCUACCUGACGAGCUGAUUUCGGCAAUACUGGCAAAAGUCGUGGCGACUUCCACCAAUCCCGCUUGCUUGGCGUUCCUUCGAUCAGUCUCACGGCGCUUCUACCGCCUCAUGGCCGAUCCCACCGUGCUGCGCUUCGUGGCGCCGCGCGCGCUGCUUCCGCAUCCGGCCGCGUGGGCCGCGCAGACCUCCUGCUCCGCACCGCCGCAACCCUCACCAGCGUCGACGUUAGCACCGCCAGCGCCGUCACCGUCAACACUGGCGUUGCCACCGUCAGCGUCAACCACAACCCUUGCCGGCCGCUCCGCGAGUCGGUUCAUGCUCUUAUGCGGCCUGGCGGGAAAUGUGGACGCGCUCUUUCUGCUGGGCAUGAUCAAGUUCUACUGCCAGCGGGACUCGCGGUCGGGCGCGUGCCUACUCGUGCGCGCGGCGGAGGAGGGCCACGUGGGCGCGCUGCACGCGCUCGCCGCCAUCAACGCGCACGGCAGCGGCGGAAGCGCAGCGGACGCCAACCCCGCCGUCGCCGCGGAGGUGCUGUGGCACGCGGCGGUCCGCGGAAGCCGGUCCGCCCUGCAAGAGCUUGGCCACUCUUACCUGGUAAGACCACCAAUCCCGUUCCGCCCAUUCCGUUCAAUCCCCUCCCGCCGUUCCGCUCUGUUCCUCCUGCCGCUUUCCCCGCACGUCUCGCCCAGUGACGAGUUCACUGCCAAGCUGUUUCUCGGGGCUUGUGGCAUCCGCGGCGCCUUUAUCGUCGUGGUUAUUCUAACCCUGCCCCGGCUUGCUGCCCUGCUUGUCGCCUUGCCCACCACGUGUCUCCACGCAGGACGGCUAUGGCGUCAGGAAGAACGUGGCCCUGGGAGUGAAGCUGCUGCUACUCGCCACCUCAUCCGCAUCUCCAUCCUCCUUGGCAUCAUCUCCACCGUCCUGGCACUGGAAGAGACAUUGAACAGCCUGAGUGGAAGCUUACAGGAAAUGGUGUACGAGCAUGAGGCGCGAGCGCGGGCAGAAGCAGGUGGGGUCCACUUCAGUAGUGAGGAGGUGCGAUUCAACAGAGGCGCUCCUGCUGCCACUGCUGCACAGCCGGGGCAAUCAGUAGGAGGAGCCAUGGGCGGAUGGUUCUGCGACGCCCAGGUGUCUUCUGCCGUGGUUGGCGCUGGUGUCACGGACACUCCCACCGACCCCCCUGGCAUUGCCGCAGCAGAUCUGCAUGGCUCGCACAGCAGGAAUGGAACCAUCACAAGCAGCAACCCUCCCCAGUGGUAA